ACUACUCAGGCCCUAAUGGAAAUAGACCAAUUCGUUAGUUUUGUCCAUUUAGACCAAAACUAUUCGUUGUCAUCCAUAUUAACGAGGGAAAAUUAUGCUCAAACAUCAGUUUUCGUCAAUGCACAAUGUAAUGGAACUUCUAAACUAAUUUCGGAAGCCUCAGAUAAUAGAUACUUUAACAAGACCUAUCAGUGGCUUCUCUGGGGUGUCGGUACCGACAUUGAUUCCUUGUUUCCUUUGGAUAUUGACUACGUAGGACCCAACGCCCAGAUAACCUAUGUUAAUAAAUCAGAAAAUGGCUACGCAUAUUGGGAUAUUCACUCUAAAGGACGUCAUUUGCGAGCAAACAUUGAAAUUAAUUUAAUAGCAACUUUAAGUAACGGACAAAUCAAUGUAGUUCGAAAUAUUUUUCAAAUGCAGAGUAUUGAGUCUCGUGGGCAAUUUAAUGGGCUAACCCUUAGGGGAGCGAGCGUGAUUGACAAAGAUGAUAUAUAUACAAAUGAACAAAUUGAAUCUAUACUGUCUCGUCCAACAAAAGAUUCGGGUGUUGCCGCCUUUAUAAAAUAUCACUACGAACUUCUAGGACUUUUGCGAGAACGUUUCAAUUUCUCUGUAAAUUUCCGGAACUCAAGAGGAUGGGCUGGACGAUUGGGAAACACUACCUUCCGGCUUGGUCUCCUGGGAAUAAUUAUGAGAAACGAAGCAGAUAUCGCCGCAUCUGGAGCCUUUAACCGAAUUAAUCGUUUUGCUGAGUUUGACAUUAUACACCAAAGUUGGAAAUUUGAGACCGCUUUUCUAUAUCGCUAUACUUCUGAUUUGGAUACCCAUGGAAAAAGCGGAAACUUUUUAUCUCCUUUUAGUGAUAAAGUGUGGUUCUUCUGCUUAUUAACCUUGGCUAUUUUUAGCGUUAUUUGGAUAGUUUUCGAAAUAAUUGAUUUCUUUUUCUUGCAUAGAGGAGAUAACUCAAAAUCCUUACCUUCUAUACAGGCUACAAAAAAGAUUGAUUCAAAAAUCAAAACCACUUGUAUUGAGCGAGUUCUGCAAACUUUCGGGGCUGUGUGCCAGCAAGGCUUGGAUCCCAUUCCCAGAGAUCGUUCUGUACGGUUCCUCGUCAUGACAUUAUUUUUAUUUUCCUUGGUUAUGUACAAUUAUUACACCUCCUCGGUUGUAGGCGGAUUGCUUAGUUCAUCCGACCAGGGGCCAUCCUCAGUGGACGAGAUAACUUCAAGUCCCUUAAAAAUAUCUUUUGAGGACAUUGGCUACUAUAAGGUUUUAUUCAGAGAAAGUAAAAAUGCAUCUAUUACCAGAUUAAUACAAAAAAAACUAUCAUCUUCCCGGUCUUCAAGUGAAUUGGCCAUUUUCGCACAUAUCGAAGAAGCUGUUCCAUUUUUGAAAGCUGGUGGUUUCGCUUUUCAUUGUGAAGUUGUGGACGCUUAUCCUGUGAUUGCAGAAUUUUUCGAUGCCAAUGAGAUUUGUGAUCUGCGUGAAGUUUCUGGUCUAAUGGAAGUAGAAAUUAUGAACUGGAUUUUACACAAGAACAGCCAGUAUUCUGAAAUCUUUCGAACUGCCAUGUGCAAUGCCCAGGAAAAAGGAUUUGUGGAGCGCAUUCUUAGGCGAAGACAAAUGAAAAAACCAGCCUGCCAGUCCUUAUAUACCGUAUAUCCAGUAAGCUUAUCGGGAGUUUCUUCAGCCUUCAUUAUUCUUAUUUGUAAUGAAUAA